CGGAAAAAUUUCUAAUCUUUAUAUUGAAACCUUUAUAUUGAAAGUUUGCGAGGGACUCGGCUCGGAGAUCUCGAGAGAGCAAGACGUGUGCAACUCCGCGAGUUUUUGAUAAUCCGAACUCUUAUAUUCGUGAACAACCUCCUUCUUGUAUAAGAAGAGCUUUUCCGCUAUUGUCUCUUGCGGUGUGUUCUACUUUCUUUUCGCCGCUCAUUGAUUGAUUGUCUGGAUCGCUGCUAUACGGCGACAUAUAAUUUUGCGCAGUUUUAAUAUUUGUAGGCUAGUUUUUCAUUUCUCAGAAGAGCAAUGUCGUCUUUGAAAUUCAAAUGUGGAUAUUGUGGCUGGCUUGUUUGGAGCGAUGAAGAUGGAAAAAUCACACAUAGCUGCUUUGCAAACUGUGAAGAAAUAGUAAUGGACAAAGAUCGAAAUCUCUUUAGAAAUGAUUCUUUGGGAGCACAUUCGCGUGUGACAAAUGAAAGCAGCAUUGCCUGUAUUGAAGAAGGUAUUGAAAAAGAAAAUAUUCCUGAAAAUUUUGAAAAACAGACUGACCGCGAUAUAGAUGAAGAUUUAAUAAGUGCGGUAAAAGGGAGACCAGCUUUAUAUGACUAUCGCAUUUCAGUGAAAGAGCGAGGGAGGAAGCAAAAGGAUUGUUUAUGGCAAGAAAUUAGUGAAUACUUGAAUGGUUUUUAUACCGCUACUGAAGCUGAAAAACGAUGGACCUGUCUGAAAGAUUGUUAUCGAAAAUCAAGAAAUAUAUUUAAAAAAAAACAAAGCGUUGCGCAAAAGAGUGGUGCAGCUGGUAUACCAAAGAACUAUGAAAUAAAACCAUCUUUUCGUUAUUACGAUUUAAUGGCCUUUUUAACUGAUACAUUAGAAUAUCGAGAAACCGUAACAUCCUUACAAAAAUCAUGUAAGGAGCCACAAGCUUCCAGUUCAAAUAGCAAUAUUCCUUGCAGUUCAAAUAGUAACAGUAUUGCUUCUACAUCAACAACAAGCGACAAUUUCAAUAAUAUUCUUUCUCCUGUCACUAAUAAUAAUACGUCUACAUCGCUGUCUCCAGUUUCUCCGAUAUCAACAAAAUCAAAAAAGAGGAAAAAGAUUGAUUUAGACGAUUACGAACAAGCUCUUCUUAAUUCCUUAACACAAAAUACAGAAGCAAAUCCUAUAGAUGGAUUUGUGUUACGUUUGGCAGAAGGCUUACGUAGAUUAUCUUACAAAUCACGAUCAAAAUUAGAAAUAGAAUUCUUAUCAAGACUAUAUGAAGUAGAAGAGGAAAAUGAGAAAUAA